CAGUUAACAAGUGCAGUGCAAUUGUUCAAGAUAGACCAGAAUCAUAAUCAAAAUAGUAUAACAGCUGAACAGCCCUAUAUGCAUAGAGAUCGGAAAAUCUAGAAACAACUGGAAAUUUGCUGUGUAGGGUGUUAGCUUCUCUCAAUUAUUGGGAUAAUGUGAAGUUUGAUGUGAGAUUUAGUUCAAUACGAUCCUUUGUUGAAGCUUCAACAUUUCUUCUUUUAGGCUAUGUUGGGAAACGAAUGAGGAUGGAAUUUAUUUCAGUUUCAUUUGGAAAUGAAUUUUAUGCUAAAAUUUGUUUUGUAAAUAAAUUCUCAUAUUGGAGACACUAUAUAUUAAAUUGUAGAUUUUAAAUGAACUCAAUAGGCCAGUUCACUUUUUCUCUUGUUAAUCUUCUUGGCAAUGUAAAAUUGAUUUCUACCAGCCAAAACUGUUAAUUGGUUCUAAAAAAGCAACCAAGGUUUCACCAACAAUGCUACCUUCGAUGGACAAUAUAGUGUGUGUUACUUGGGCAUAAUAGUGUCUGUUUCUUCUGAAUAUUGUGGGCAGGAAGGGCUAUUGCUCCUGAAAAUGGUUCAUUUGUUUAUCCCAUGGAAAAUGUUCCUAGAAGUACACCAUACUCUGCCAUUCCACAGUACAUAGCAAGUAGGCCACUUGAGCAUUAUUCAUCAAAUCUCCGACUGGGAGAUUCACAAGUUCAUGCUCCUCAUUCCUGCCCAUCUUAUGACUCCUUCCCGCACUUCCCUGGAGUUGGAAGCUUAUAUUCAACCCCAGUGAAUGAUACCAGCCAUAGCUAUUCAAUUCACCAUGACAGUUUUGCUGUUUGUGAAGUUGGGGAUGGUUUACUUGAUUGUGGAAUGAAUAUCGGAAGAGGACUAUUUAAAAGAAAAAGCCGAAUUUCUUUAAGCUGUGAGAGAGGUGGCACAAGCAGAUACUAUAGUGCAGGAAGUUCAUCUAACUCAUCUGAAUUUCAUCCAGAUAAACAAGCUACAGACUAUCCAAAUUACCCUUCUGGUACUGUUGGUUUAUCACAUUAUAGGGGAGGCAACCUCUCAAAUGGCAAUGAAAAUCCUCCGAGGAAUGUGAGAAGCCGACCUAGAAAUGAUUUGGAGCACAACCAACGACAAAUACAUCCAUCAAGCUAUUCUUCACACCAUUAUUGGCCAACUGCUCAUCAGUCAAGUGAUUCUGGUAGAGUGAAUCUUACUUCCUUAUGUGCUGGUGCAACUAAUUACAAUCAAAAUAAUAUUGGCAUUUCUUAUCCAACACAGGGAGGGUUUGCAAUAUCAGGAAACACUGGCUUAAGAUACGAGACAAAUCAAAACUUUGUUGGAGAAAGUACUGCAGGAAUUGGUGGACACAGCCAUGACUCUGUUUCAGGCAGAGAUCCUGUUUCAUCAGCCCAAUAUUUUCCUAUUCUGCAUGACCAGGCUGCUAUGGGGAUCCAUAGUAAUUAUUCACAAAGUGCAGUUCCUUCAUAUGGUGUGGAUCUAAGGUCUUCUCAGUGGCCUCAAGGUGUGGGUCUAAGGUCUUCUUGGUGGCCUCAAGAAACAGCUCCCACAGAAAAUAGUCUUCCGUCUCUCACAGAAACUUAUCCUUCCAGAUAUUCUAGGACAUUUUCUGCCAGAAGUUGGCGUAACCGUAGAGACACAAGGUCAAGGAUAGCAGCUGAGAGAUUCCAAUCUUUCCAAAAUGCAGAGAAUGCACAUGAUAGAAUGGGAUCUGAGGCUCAAGAGGAUCGCUCAUUUUUAUAUGGCUCCAGAAAUUCCUUUGAUCAGUACAGGGAUAUGAGACUAGAUGUUGACAACAUGAGUUAUGAGGAACUGCUUGCCCUCGGAGAAAGAAUAGGGAAUGUCAACACAGGAUUGUCUGAAGAUGUAAUGUCAAACUGCUUGAAAGAGACUAUAUACUCUUCAGAUAAGAACCAGCAGGAAGCAACCUGUGCCAUCUGCCUCGAGGAGUACAAGAACGGUGAUGGAAUUGGGAUGAUGCGCUGCGGACAUGAUUACCACCUUCUCUGCAUCAAAAGAUGGUUGGCAGUGAAAAAUGCCUGCCCCAUAUGCAAGGCACCUGCUCUUGCUGAUGGUUCAAAGGAAGAAUGAUUCAAGUUACCUUUGGUACAUUUAUGGUUUAUUUUUCUCUUUAAACCCCAUUUUUUGUACAUAUUCAUGGAGAUUUAUGACUUAUUUCUGAACAAACUUGGCUUCGAAUGCCAUUUCUUCUUUUCAGUCU